UCAAGUAACAAGAGAGUCUGUAGAUAUAUUUGCUCACAACCACCUUUAAAUAUGUAGCCCCGUUAUCGCAAAAAUCUUGAGUUUUUUCACGUGAAGAAGAUUCUCUAAUGGAGCAAGUGAGAGGAAGAUAUUGUUACUAUGCCAUCCUUGGAAUUUCUAAACACGCAUCACAAUCUGAAAUCCGCAAGGCUUACAGAAAACUAGCUCUGAAAUGGCAUCCGGAUAGAUGGAACUUAAGGAAUUCGACAAUGGGUAAUGAAGCUAAGCAAAGGUUUCAACAAAUUCAAGAAGCUUAUGCAGUUUUGUCAGAUGAAAGGAAGAGAUCAGUGUAUGAUGUUGGAUUAUAUGAUCCAUUACAAGAAGAGGACGAGGGCUUCUCUGAUUUUAUGCAGGAGAUGUUGAUGAUGGCAAAUGCACGGAAUCAGCAGAAUAGUUUUGAAGAUCUUCAAAAGAUGUUUCAUGAGCUAACAAGGGGCGACAGCGUACAAUUUCACAAUGAGGAUGAUGACAAAGAUACUGAUCAAACAGCUAGAAAGAGAGUUCGUAGAACUGGUUCACCAUCUCAGUUCAGCAGCAUGCCUGCCCCUGUAUAUUCAUAACAUUAUUAUGUGGGGGGGGGGGAAAGAUUGGAGAGUCGCAUCUUAAUACUGCAAAAAAGCAAAUGAAGAUAUACCCCAGAAUUGCCGAGUCGGUACUUGCACGGACUUUCUGUGCUUGUGAAGAGUGUCUUCCUCUACAAGAACCCAAGCUCGUCCCCAUUUAAGCC